AGAGCAAACCCCCCAGUCCCAUCUGUCUCUCUCUCUCUCUCUCUUCCCGCUUGCUUAAAAGCUUGGUGUUAUUGCAUUUUGUUCAGAGUCUCUGAAACACUCAACUGAAGUCAGGAAAAAAUGUAAAAUAAAAUAAAUAAAAAAAGCCAAAGCAGAAGAAGCUACCUAACUUCUGAUAUAGAGAGUUGGGAGUCUGUUUCUCUUCCAAUAAAACAAAGCUCUUCUCUUUUCUGUGUGAAAGAAAGUAGUGAGGAUGCCUAGACCAGGUCCAAGGCCUUAUGAGUGUGUUAGGAAAGCUUGGCACAGUGAUAGACACCAACCCAUCAGAGGUUCUCUCAUUCAAGAAAUUUUCAGGGUUGUGAAUGAGGUUCAUGGCUCAGCUACUAAGAAGAACAAGGAAUGGCAAGAGAAGCUCCCUAUUGUUGUGCUCAAAGCAGAAGAAAUUAUGUACUCCAAAGCCAAUUCUGAGGCUGAAUACAUGGACCUUAAAACACUUUGGGAGCGAAUGAAUGAUGCCAUUGAUACAAUUAUUAGACGUGAAGAGAGUACCGAAAAUGGAAAGCUUCUCCAGCCUUGUAUUGAAGCUGCUUUAAAUUUGGGCUGCACGCCAAGAAGAGCAUCGAGGAGCCAACGGAAUAUUAACCCCAGGUUUUAUCUGAGUCCCAACACUCAAGAGCAGCCCCCCCGUGUUUCUCCUGGCACAGUAGUGAACACUAGCCAAGGGAAUCAUACCACCAAAUCACAGUAUAUGCCUCAUUGUUCGAAUUUUGUGAAACCCAAUACUACAAUUUCAACCCAUUUGAGACCUUUUCCCCUGAGCAAUGAUUGUGCCGCUAACAAGUCUCUCUUUGCAUCUGUGAAUGUUCCACCAUCUAGUAAUAAACCCAGUUUACAUAUGGAAAAUUAUCCAGCAUCAAACUUGUAUCCGGUUUAUCCCUUGUAUUAUGGAAAUUGCCUUCAGUUUGUAGAACCCCAGGGAAUCCUUCCUAAUUUGACUUCUGACACAUUGGAGCCUGCCAAGAUGGGUGUUGAGAAUCCCUAUUCCUGUAAUGUAGAUGCAUCAUAUAAGAUCACUGAAACUGAUACAAGGAAACCUCUUGAGAGCUCAUGUAAGAUUGGCUGUGAUCUAUCAUUGCGGUUGGGCCCUCUCUCUUUUACACGCCUAGGUGUUGGAAACAGGAAGCCUCAAGAGGUUGAAGAUGAUGGUUCUGGUAGUUCUCGAGAUGGAGGCAACCAUAGGGAUCAGUCACCCGUGGAUAGAAAGUUAGCAUUAUUUACUGGGGGAAAGGCAUAUGACCCUUUAGAUUCCUCUUCAAUUAAAUGCAGUUUUGAGGAUAAAAAUAUAAAUGUAGAAGCAACGAUGAGAAAGCGAAAGGAAGUUUUUAAUCACCCUGAAGAGGAUCAGCAGUUCUGUGGGCAGCCAAAACUUCCAUGUAGUAGUCACUUGACUGGAAGAAUGAGAAAUGCAGAUUAGAUCUUGGUGUAGAAACUUCUACCUGGCAAUCUUGACACGGUUAGAUUAGUAGAUAUUGAUGAAUUGCUUAUUGCAAGGAUUCAAAAUUUGAAAAAAUGUAAUGUAAGCAAAUGACAUUAAGUUCGAAUUAGAUGUAUAUGAUGGACAAGCUAACUGAAUUCGAGGCUUUUUGAUAUGCAAUGUACAAAAGAAACUUUUGUAUGACCGAUGUUGUUGUAGAAUAUGUGUGAACCUGUAUUGACUUAGUUAUAUCCACUGAAUGAAGAUUUCCUUUAAAAAGAUGCAUUGAAAAAGUUAAUUUGAGAGAAAGAGUGGCUGGUAGUACCUUGGCUUAAGACAGAAGCUGAUCAAAACUUUAUACUUUUUCCUGCAACAUAGCCUGAUGUAUAUGCAUAUGGUAUACUGGCAGCAAAACAGCAACAAAACAGAAAGGAAACUGGAAAAGGGGAUAGGUUUAUGCUUCUGGUGGGGUUUACUAAGAAGUGCAAGGCCAGAAUAGUGGAUUGGCGUUGAAGAUGUGGAAAGACUGAAACAUCACUAUCAACUCAACUGAGUAUAAGCCAGGAUAUUUACAUGGAGAAAUGAAAGCCUAUUUUUCCUUUAAGCUGGUGUGGAAAAAUCACCGGUGCCCGAACCCAAAUCAGCAUUCUGUUAAAUUGAUGAUAAGUUUUAACAGUGGGGGAGAAGCUGUGCAAAAACUGCUUUCUUCGCCACUGAAAUCACAAGAAACAUGGCUGUGCCUGGACAAUUUGCUAUCAAAUACACUUCCUGUCUAUGUGUAUUUAGGUGUUCCAUUUAUGUCUAAACACUAAAGCUUAAUUGGGUUCAGAAAUUAUUUGAA